GUAGGUAAAGAAGAGAAGGGUAGAUCUUGGCUCACUGCCUUUGCGCGGAGGAAUCUGGGUCGGUUGAUCAGCUGAUCUGGGCUUAAUCACCUAGACAGCACAUAUCUCCGUAGGGUGGUUUGUGCGGGAUACGCGUCGCGUCUGCCCACACAAAUUUACCCCGCCAUGGGAGGGAACCUUGAUGGCCUCUGUUUUUUCCCAGCGCCUUCCCAAUUGGAUUGGUUAACUUGACACUGCAAUCGAUCCUACCCACUCUACCGUCGAAAGAGACCUGGGACAGCCCACUUUGUCUGGUUCUUGGAAAUCGCAUUCCUGGACCUUAGCCCUGAUGCGACCGGGCCCCGCACCUUGCAAUGGCCGAUCCGCCUCUUCCUGUCGCGGCCCCUGCCGGCAACUCGCAAACAGACGUCCCUCAAGUCUCUGACCCGAUUGCUGGCCCGAAUGCCAAAGCGAGCACGAUAGACGCGGCUACACAAACCGACCAUUUCCCAUUCAACAUCCCCAUACCUCCACCUCGGACAAUACCGCACUCCUCGCCGUUCUUUGGAGUCUUCCGAAGCGCCUACGAGAAGGCGGAUGCCUCUUUAGUCCGCGAGUCGCUGCUGUCAUGGCCGGAAAAGUACUCGCACGCAGAGCCUCCCGCGAUUCUUUUCGGUCCUCCAGGAACCGCGGGGACAUGGUUUACUUCCCUCCGUCAACUAGACCACGAUACAUCGCGACGGAUAGAAAUUGUCCGCCGGGGCGCAAGAGCUGCUGGUUGGGACGUGUUCUUUGCCAGCGUCAGGGCCGUAUGGUCUGGCCCCUCGACCUCGAAACUCUAUGCGAAUAUCCAGCACUGGCCUGACUACAAUGUGGAAUCCGCCCUCUCCGAACACUUGCGCCGCCGAGACCUUAGUAGCUCCUUUUUCGACGUGGAACUCUUGUCCGUGUACGACCUGGAUGGAGAGCCUAUACUGCCGCCGUGGAUUUGCAACAGUAACGCACCGAGAUUUUCUAUGUUACACAAAGUUCAGAGUCUCAUACACGACGAACUGUUCUGUAGCCAGCCCCAUGAGGAAAUUGUGCCGCAUCCGGGCCAGGGCCUCCAACACCCUGAUAAAUGGACCCGGCAGUUCUGGCAAGCAGAUACGAUUCUCCUCGUUCCACAAGCGCAAUCUCCAUGCGUACUGUCCUCCUCGGUCGUUGCGAAUUGUCCCACUGGGGACGAUCAAGUCCAGCGUAUCGCCAAGUACUUUCUGGGAUUAGCCCUUCAGCACACCACCGGAUUUCCCGAUUCCGACUUAACAGUCCAUAACGCCCAUAUCGCCGUUGAUAUGCUAUACCGUGUUAUGAACGCGGAAGCUGUGAUGACUCCUUCAGUCAAGUCCCAGAUACUCAUGUUCGCCGGAGAGCAACGUGAUUACGGACUCUUCCUUCGGGCUUGCACUCUUCAAAGCAGGUUUGACAGUGCCCCCGACCAGCAGCUUUUCGUCCCUUGGCUCGAUUGUCUCGUCAAGAGGAGGUUGUUGAUGAACUUCUGGGAUCCGUACCUUCAAGAAUGCUUGACCCAGCUCAUCCUUUCGUACCAGAACCUGCAUGACCGAGUCGAGUUUGUGCUGGCCUUGCCAAAGCAGAUCACCGGUCAAGGUCUCCUACCCCACCUACUUGUGACAUCUUGGCUCAAACCUUUACUCAUCCCGGAUGAUUUCCGAACACCUUUACUCUGUUCAUCAAAGGAUGGUCGUGCUCUAGCUAAAGCCGCUCUCAGCUUUGGCCAUGAGUCUACUGUUGCUUAUGAACUUGUCAGAGAACUUCUCAUUCAAAUGCAGCUGCCCACCGAGCCGAUGCCUUGGAUCGCUGCGUUUAUAGAAUCCCUACACAUGAAGAUUGACUGGGGCAUGAGACGGCAUCUUUGCAGAACCUUCAUCCAAUUCGACCACUUUUUCACAUCCCAUCACCAAUCAAGAUACGUAUCUGCUUGGUUAUCUGAGGACAUCGACAUCGUUGGCUUCCUCCUCUACCUCGCAAGACAAGUCGACUAUAACCUCUACCAGGAGUGGCUGGCUGACCUCAGUAGAUCGGUCAAGCAAUGGGACGGCAUCUACAAUCCUGGCAUGAUGGCGUUUUUUACUAGUGUCUACAAAGAAGUAUCCGGGGUAGCGCUUCUAGGCCCCCUAUGUACCGAUUUACUAAAGCAGCACUUCCGAAUGCUGGUUCGGCCACUGCAAACUCACCUGUAUGGUCAUCAGAACUUGUCACGGAAGCCACCCAGACCGGUUGAUCCUAACGACCAUGUAGCGAUGGAAGGGUAUCGGUUCCUAGUGGAUGCAACUCAAGAGACAGCGCAAUUCAGAUGGACAGCCCUUCAAAGAGACUCGGUCAAGUGGCUCUGGAAAGACACAGGGGUUCAAAUCACUUUCGAUACGUCCACUCAGCCCCCUACCUUGGUGGUCAAGAAGCUUUCUGCCUCCAAUGAUGAUUGGUUCAAGCGAAGAAAACUUGCUGCACAGUCAUGCAAAGAACUGGAAGAACUUCGCCAUGCCAAAUUAGAAUACACGUUUGGGCCAACAGACCUCGUGGAUUGGUCGUUUGCGGAUGGUACCGGUCCAGAUCCAGCAUGGGUCUUGGAAGAUGAUCCGGCAAACCCACCCCCCGAAACCCCAAAUACACCAAGACGUCCAACGCUCGCCAGGGCCGUCUCGCCUAGAAGCUCUCCCACAUUUGCUUCUCCGACCAGUAGUGAGGCUAUUCCGCGGGACCAAACCAUUAGAGAUGAGACGUAUGGUUUUCCUUCGGCGAAGAAGCCUGACGACCAACCAGCCCCCGACCCAACGGAGCUCACCAAAGAGGAAGCUUUCAAGACCCUUUCGUACGAGGAGUACAUGCUUCGCAGGCACAAAAUGGAAAUAAAGGAUCAAUGGGAGAAAAUCCGCGAGGAAGACAACGAGGAUUUGGAAGAGCUUUACGUGCUGCUCGGGCGUCGCAAGGGUCUUCCACACAAGGCAUACAUUACCGAGGAGGUUUUGCAACUCGCGCAGAAUCCGGCCGAGGGACUUGUUGUUAUGGGCUCCUCGAGACGUUGGUUGACGACCUUAUGGAUAAGGCAACUGUGGGAACACAGGAAAGGGAUCAGAUUGAUCACUCCGGCUGAUGAUCCAGUCUUUAAGCACUCUAAGUACGGGAUCAAAAGGAAACGCGGUAUGGGUGGCGAUGACGAUUCAGAGGAUGAUGACGAGGAGGACGAUGAUCAUCCCGUAUGGUAAUUCAACAAGUGUAUGUUGCGGUCUUUUAUCACGGAUAUCCAAAAUAGAAAGUUAGGAAGAAGGGUGCCGAUAGACGGAAGUCCCCAGAACAUGCAUCGCUCGCUCCCACCACCCGGUCUCAUUCCACACAAAUGAGGACCAAGUUCACCUCACUGCAUCACACAACCCUCCUACUCCUCAUCCUCAUAAAAUACCAAACACCUAACCUCAAUACUCUCCCUCCCCGGCGUCCCCUCCGGCGUCGCCGGAUCUACAAACGCCGUAUGCGGCGUCCACCCCGCCACCCCCUUCUUCCCCCUCCCCCACGGCUCCUGCAGCCCCUCACCCCAACUAUCAAAGCACUUGAUCAGCACCACCUCCUCCGGUUUCAUAUCCUUGACAUAAUAAAACUUGUGUCCCUCGCUCGGCACCACUCCAUAC